GGAGGUGUGUGUGAACAGGAAGGAAAACACAGCAGAGAGAGACAGAAACUGUAAGGUUGAGAGCGAGGGGAAGACAUUCAGGAAAUGGCCUGGGUUGGAUUCGAACCUGGGCCCCUGCGGUAAGGCCUGUGCCUACAUAAUACGUGCAGGAUAUUCGACACCAAAGACUUUCAAAUACUUUUCAUGUAAUAGAUUUGUUUUCUUGACCCAGGUCUUCUUGUCAGUGGUUACAUUGUUUUUGUAAUCGGCCAAUCAAGCCUGUUCCUAUGGGUGUGUUCCAGUCACCAUGGACUGCUUGAGAUACUCAGCUCAGGUGUAAUCCUGUGGUAUAAACCCAUGUUGACCGCAAUCUCCCAUAGCAGCUAAACUGACCUCACCUUCGCAGGUAAUCCUUGUCAGAGGAUACCCAGGUAGACAGCAGGUUAGUCUGAUCAAUUCGAACAGGUAACCCCAGGUGAGGUCAAAGUGAUUGUGGGAAAGUGACAAGAAAUGUAGUCACUGCACUGUUGUUGCUUCAUUCAGGAUAUGGGUCUUAGUGGGCUGCAUGUAUCACUGGUUCUGUGUUAGAGAGGUGUGUUAUUGAGAUACAGCAUCGUUUCAGCAGACGAGGAGGGCUUGAAGAUCUCCAGGCUGGGGCUCCACAACGGCCACGGCUCCCCCAGCCGGCAGCUGCGUUCCUCGGCCUCGACCGAGGAGGGCCGGGGCUCCUUGGCGUCCUGCUCCAGGGCUCCCGGGAUGAACAGCUACAACGGCAAGGUGUCGACCGCGGGCUCCAGCCAGCUGCGGAGCCGCUUCGUGAAGAAGAAUGGCCACUGCAACGUCGUGUUCUCCAACAUGGAGGACAAGGGCCAGCGCUACCUGGCCGACAUCUUCACCACCUGCGUGGAUAUCCGCUGGAGGUACCUGCUCCUGCUCUUCUGCUCCACCUUCCUCGUCUCCUGGCUCUUCUUCGGGAUCAUCUUCUACAGUGUGUCCUUGGUCCAUGGGGACUUCGACGAGCACCCUGGGGCAGGGACUGCUCCCGGGGUGGGUGGAGGUGCGGAAGGAGGGGGUGCCGUUGGCGGCAAGGUGGGGCAGAGACUGUGGCAGCCCUGCCUCCUCCACGUCCAGGGGUUUGUGGGAGCGUUCCUGUUCUCCAUCGAGACCCAGACCACCAUCGGCUACGGGUGGCGCUGCGUGACCGAGGAGUGCCCCGUCGCCGUGGUCACAGUAGUGGUCCAGUCCAUCGUGGGGUGCAUCAUUGACUCUUUCAUGAUCGGCACCAUCAUGGCCAAGAUGGCGCGGCCCAAGAAGAGGAACCAGACGUUGAUGUUCUCUAAGAACGCCGUGAUCGCCAUGCGGGACGGGAAGCUGUGCCUGAUGUGGCGUGUGGGGAACCUCCGCAAGAGCCACAUCGUGGAGGCUCACGUCCGCGCCCAGCUAAUACGGCCCUACACCACGGCCGAGGGGGAGUUCAUCCCCCUGGAGCAGAUGGACCUGAACGUGGGCUACGACGAGGGCAUAGACCGCCUCUUCUUGGUGUCGCCGCUGGUCAUCGUCCACGAGAUCGACGAGGACAGCCCCCUGUACACCCUGAGCCGGGCGGAGCUGGAGACAGACAACUUUGAGGUGGUGGUGAUCCUGGAGGGCAUGGUGGAGGCCACGGCCAUGACCACCCAGACACGCAGCUCCUACCUGACCACGGAGAUCCUCUGGGGCCACAGGUUCGAGCCGGUCAUCUUCGAGGACCGCGACCGCUACCAGGUGGACUACUCCCGUUUCCACAAGACCUACGAGGUCUCGUCCACGCCGCACUGCAGCGCCAAGGAGCUGGACGAAGCCGCCGGCCGCCGCCCCCCCACCGCCUCGCCCUCCGUUUCUAGAACGAUCCAGAGCUCCUGCCCUCGAUCGCCCAGCGCCUUCUGCUACGAGAACGAGGUGGCGCUGAGCGCGGGAGAGGAGGACGAGGACGAGCUGUUCGAGCCGGCGGGGGAGAGGCAGAAGGAGGACGAGAGGAGGAGUUCGGUCACGGUGGAUUUCCAAAGGAUGUUCCAGGACACGCCCACCGUGACGUCCGGCAGCAACAUGCUGUGUGUUCUGGACAUGGACAAUCAGAUGGAGUUUGACAUGUUACAGACUACCCUCCCACUCGACCCUCUCACAUACAAGAGUGAGUCUGAGAUCUGAGCAGAAGCCAUGGAGACACUCCCCUCUCCUCCUGGCUCUUAGCUUGCCUCUCCAGAGGUCUGGAUGAGGGCUUGUUUCUUUUGGGAUUUGCACGUUCCUGUCUUUGUUAGUUGAACAGAGAUCCAACCCCCUUUGAGCCUUGCCAACCUACAUUUGUUUUUUGACUCGAGCCCUACUUGCGUUGCUUCUCCUUCGCUGGGAAAUGGUUUGAUUUUCCAGGACCAGCGGAGGACAGGGUUGGGUGCAGGCCAGUUGUGAGAGUGGACAGUUGAGACUGUGGGGACUGAAGAGGGCCUCGUACAGGUGAACACGGACUGACAAUAGAAUGCGAGGCCAGUGUGGUGCAGUCUACAUCUGGACUACAAACUCCUCGUAUGGACUACAAACCCAGUCAAAGGAAUUUGUAGAGAUUAAGAUCAUCUUAAUGGGGGAGAUUAGAGAGUGUGCUACUGACUAAACAGUAGCACACUCUGAGAAUAACUUUAUACUUUAGGAGAAAGACUGUCUCCGAAAGGAGGGAAAACAAUACGUGUGUAGCCGAUGGACCAAAUUAAUAUCCUCAAAACAAUCGAGUCACGUUUCAGACACAAUCUAAUACCUAGAAGGUGACAUUGUACAGAUAGCACAGAUACCUAUUUUCUUUGUAGAAUGUUUCGUUUGGAACACUUCAUUUGUGAUCUCUUAAUUCCGUUUUUCCGUCUGAAUUUUAGAAAGAUUUGGUGAAAGCAAUAAGAGUGACGUGAAGAAUAUCUCUUCCUUCUUGAAGAGAGGAGAAUAUCUC